AUGAAAAGCUGUUCUCAACUUGCUCAAAAUGGCUUCACAUCGAAUGGGUUGCAUUACAUUUUUCCAGAUGGUGGCAACCCAAUAGAAGUUCUCUGUGAUAUGACUACAGACGGUGGAGGCUGGACCGUUAUUCAGAGACGUUUCGACGGCGCAGUUGAUUUUUAUCUCGGAUGGGAGUCAUACGCAGAUGGGUUUGGAGAUCUAAACGGUGAGUUCUGGCUUGGAAACGAUAAUAUACACCGUUUGACAGCCUCAAGUGAUAUCAUGCUUAGAGUUGACCUGGAGGACUUUGAUGGAAACAUAACAUACGCUGAGUAUACGACUUUUCAAGUGGCUGACGAGGCAGAUAAAUACAGGAUUACGAUUGGAGGAUACAGUGGUACGGCUGGUGACUCGAUGAUAAGUAGCGACACUGGGAAGUCCCUGAGGUAAACAAAUAAUUGGCUGGCAUUUCAUAAGUAUAACGGGAAAAACUCUAAUUUCAUAAUUAGAGGCCAAUUCUAUAAUAAAAAAUAUUUUAUAUCUUUUAUAAUGUGCUUGUUAUUCCACUGAUGAAACGGAAAAAUACCCCAUUAUGAUUUGAAGGUACAGUGGUAUGCCUUGCAACUCGAGUGUUCUUAUAUGGUUAUGUACGUAAAUAGCUCUUCCUCUAUAGUUUCUCCAGGGCGCACUUAAAUUGGAGCCACACUCUGUUGAGUGACGCUCGUCAUUGUUUUUGUUUUUGCUUAUCAAAGAUGGGUAAAUAAAUAAACAAAUUGCAAAUGAUUUUUAUUAUAAACUGCCGCGAGUUUAGCCUCGUAGGAUGAGCGCCGGUUUGUAGAGAGGGGGGUUCUCGGUUCCAACGCUGGCCGGACCACCAACCAGGCACUUAAAACAGCUGGUAAGGUCAUGCUGGCUGUGAUCUAUGAUCUAGUCUCAGUUCAGGUGAUCGCGUCAUUGGGCGGUGAAGUGAAACCGUUGGCAUUGACUCCUCCAUCCUUCCUUAUCAGCUGGAAGGGAACAUAAAAAAGCCCACGCUUCUGAAAAGGGUAACGGACUUAGAUCUAGAAUCGCCACCGCAGUUGUCCCUUUCAUAAUAUAAACGGUCGUUGCCAUUUUUAGGACACUUAGAAAAUGUUUGACCUGUAAGUUAUUGAGAGUGUUUCUAUUAAAAAAGAAAGAAAAUCGCAAUCCAGGGUCGAACCCGAACCACGAACCCGGAGAUUUUGAAUCUUAAUCUCUCUCCCUUACAACUACACUACCACACCGACCCGCCAAAAUUCCGAAAAAUUUAAGUACAUAAAUUAGCAAACUGUCUUUCUUAGCUGUUACAUCAAUCACAGGUGAUCCUAGCCCUUUCCAUAACUUUUAUCGUAAAUUCAACUUGGGCUUCAAGGUCCUUCUUUCUAAGACUAUUCAAAAACGCAUUAUUUUUGGUGGACUAGGGGAGGGGUAGGUGGGCAGUUUCCCAGAAACCUAAUGAAGUCUGAGGAACGAGCCUAGAAAUUCCAUACUGACGACUCGUCACAGCUCAAAUCUGGGUAGUGCUUUUGAUUGGUUGAAGCAAAUUUCCCACGCGGUACGAUCAAUCGGAAGCACUACCCAGAUCUGGGUAGUGAGGGGUCAGAGUGGAAUUUCUGCACUCGUUUUUCAGACGUAGUUUCACUGGGACACCAGUGUUGGCGUUGCGAGAUGUCGGUACUUUUCUCAGGCGUAAAUCAACGCAGACUUAAAGAAAACCUAUAAAAACCUAUAGUGCGGUCAAUCGUUUAUAGGGUCCACGGGUCCCCAGCGAUCGGUUAUACACGUUUACCCUGCCAAAUAUUGGCGAAUCUAGUAAGUCAAAUCAGAUCAUUAAUAUGCAUUUACAUUUUUGAGAUUUUAUUCAUAACCACACAAGAGAUUCAGUCUUGUCGAGUCGUCAAGGCCGACAGUAGAAAACAAAACUAGCAACUGAUUAUAGGACUACAAGAUUAUAAAAUUAUAUUUAAAUUUUUGUCUCCACAGUGGCACGCGGUUUUCAACCAAAGAUUCCGACAAUGAUGCCUUGAAAUGGACCCACUGUGCUCAAAAGAAGAAAGGGGCAUGGUGGUACUCUGGCUGUAGCGCGUCAAACCUUAAUGGGUUGUAUCAUAAUGGUGGAUAUAUACAGGGCGAUAUUGGAAUGAAAUGGAAGGCAUUUAGAGGGCAUUUUUAUUCACUAAAACGUACUGAGAUGAAAGUAAAACCCAAAUCGUAA